GUGAAAUGGAAGCGGGGGGCGAAUCCAGCUCGGAGCCCCCGCUGGGACACGAAUGCCCAAGCUCGGGAUGCAAGCCGAGCGUUAAGGUGCACGAAGCCACGAGUGACAGCAAUGUCAAUAAUAUGGAUACUUCGGCGCUGCCGAGGGGGGGAAGCGACCCUAGUGCUUAUCCUCCGUCCAGUUACCGGAGAAUCGUGCGCCAGCGGUUUAUAAGAAGGACCCUGUGGUUCUCCGACUCCGACGAGCAAGCCUUCGAAGCGCCGGAAUGCGAGAGCAGGAGCAAAAUAGGCAGCAUAAAUCUGCGCACGGUUGUGGACAGGACGCUGGGGGCCGAUCGGUGCCUGCUAGAGGGCUCCAGCACCGAGAGCCAGGGCGCACAGAAAGGCAGCCCCACGGAGAGCGUCGCCGCGGACGGGGAGAAGGAGAAAGGCCGGCUCGAUGUCAAUGCGGCGUCCGCCGACCACGGGAAAGGCGCUGGCAAGGCCACCAGUGACGAGAACGAGGAGGAGGCCGAAAUGAAAGCUGUCUCCACAUCCCCCGGUGGGAGAUUCCUCAAGUUUGACAUUGAACUGGGAAGGGGGUCUUUCAAGACUGUCUACAAAGGACUAGACACCGACACCUGGGUGGAAGUUGCCUGGUGUGAGCUUCAGGACCGCAAGCUGUCCAAGGUGGAGCGGCAGAGGUUCAAAGAGGAGGCUGAGAUGCUGAAGGGCCUUCAGCACCCCAAUAUUGUGCGCUUCUACGACUUCUGGGAGUCACCACUCAAGGGCAAGAAGUGCAUUGUGCUGGUGACGGAGCUCAUGACGUCAGGGACGCUAAAAACGUACCUGAAGAGGUUCAAGGUGAUGAAGCCCAAGGUCCUGAGAAGCUGGUGUCGGCAGAUCCUGAAAGGCCUGCACUUCCUCCACACCAGGACGCCACCCAUCAUUCACCGGGACCUCAAGUGCGACAACAUCUUCAUCACCGGCCCAACCGGCUCUGUCAAGAUCGGAGAUCUUGGCCUGGCCACGCUGAAGAGAGCCUCUUUCGCCAAAAGUGUCAUAGGGACCCCUGAAUUCAUGGCUCCAGAAAUGUACGAGGAGCACUACGACGAAUCCGUGGACGUCUACGCCUUCGGCAUGUGUAUGCUGGAGAUGGCUACCUCGGAAUACCCAUACUCCGAGUGCCAGAAUGCUGCCCAGAUUUAUCGGAAGGUCACCAGUGGGGUGAAACCCGCAAGCUACAACAAGGUGACAGAUCCAGAAAUUAAGGAAAUUAUCGGGGAAUGCAUUUGUCAGAAGAAGGAGGAGAGAUUUUCCAUUAAAGACCUCCUGAACCACGCAUUCUUCGCGGAGGACACUGGAGUCCGGGUUGAACUGGCAGAGGAGGAUGACGGCAAGAAAUCCUCUAUAGCCCUGAAACUUUGGGUUGAAGAUCCCAAGAAGCUGAAAGGGAAAUAUAAAGAGAGCGGUGCUAUAGAAUUCACCUUUGACCUGGAAAAGGAAGUUCCCGAGGGUGUUGCUCAGGAAAUGGUGGAGUCCGGCUUCUUUCACGAGAGCGACGCCAAGAUCGUGGGCAAGUCCAUACGGGACCGUGUGUCGCUGAUCAAGUGGAAGAGGGAGCGAAAUGUGCCGGCAUGUGACAGGGAUGCACAUCGGCCAGCGGAGGGCGCUCCACCCCAGCAGACUCCGCCACAGGUGCCUGACGGUCCAGCGGCACACGGCGGUCCCCCCGAGCCUGAAGAGCCUGAGGCUGAUCAGCACGCCCGGCAAUGCAACCUGCCCGCCAGCGCCACCUCUGUUACAUCAGAUGGCACCUUCGACAGUGGCCUGGGCUCCACUGCCUACUCCGACUCCCAUGGCAGCCAGCGAGGUGCCCUCUACCAGUCGCUGCUGGAGGCCUCUACUGCCCCCGCACCACAGCACCGUUCCAGCGUGCCCUGUGUGAUCUGGGAGCCCCCCCCGUCUGACGGCUGCUCCGACGGCUGUAGCGCCUGGCCGCCUGCAGGGGGCUGCCUCUCUGCCAGGCGUGCCAGCGCCUCCUUGGUGGAAGCUGUGCGCUGCGACGCUCGCCUGAGCCCCACGUACCGUCCCCUAACGCCCCCACCGUGCUGCUGCUACCCGGGGCACCGGACCGCCUCUGACCGGAGGGGCAUGUGGGCUGCAGAUGAGAACAUGUCUUCCUCAGAGUCUAGCCCUACAUGCGAUGGUUUUGCCCUGCUGAAGCCCCCUUUGCUGCUUCACCCCCCCCUGCUGCACUGGGACGCCCGUCGCCACAGUGACUCUUCUGUGGAGCCUUCCCCGGCCGAGCUCCUGGCUCGGCGCCACUCGGACCUGGGUUCCCCACUGAGCCCCAGCUCGCCUCAGUACGUGGCCGGCUUGCCCUGCUGCGAAGCCUGCAUAUCCCUCUGUGGCCCAUGGACCGGCUGCAGGUCCUCCCUGUGUGGGGCGCCGCCCAUCACGGCCAGCAGGGGCACCGCUGAGAGCCCAGAACUCACCCUCCUGCACAAGUCUCUGCACUACAUCAUCAGCAUGAAGAGACACGGCCCGCCCCUCACUCCAAGCUCGCCUGACAGAGGCCCACGCCGGCCCUCCUUUGGCCACAAGGAGGCCCCCAGCUGGUCACACUCCCGGCCCUGGGACGAGAGCCCCGGCCGUCUGCGCAGGUGCAGUGAUGAGGCGCCUCUGAGCCCACAGCGCGUGGAGUUAGCGUGUGGAAACUGGCCCGGUGUCACGUCUGGGAUGCCGGUCUCUCCCAAAACGGCUGCCACAGCUCCACCUCCACUGGCCGGCCAGCUGCCUGCACAGUCCUUCCAACCUGCAGCUCCCUCUUUACAGCAGAGCCAGCAGCCUGUGCAGACCUACCAGACUGCAGCAUCCAGUAUGCAGCAAAUUCACCAGACUGCGCAGACCUUCCACCCUGCAACUCCUUCUUUACAACAGAGCCAGCAGCCUGUGCAAACCUAUCAGGCUGCAGCGCCCACUAUGCAGCAGAGCCAUCAGACUGCGCAGACCUUUCACCCUGCAACUCCCUCUGUACAACCAAGCCAGCCGACUAUACAGACCUUCCAGCCUGUAGUGCCCUCUGUACAGCCGAGCCAGCAGUCUGCGCAGACCUACCCACCCGCAGCAUCUUCUGUUCAGCCGACCCAGCAGACUGUGCUGAUCCACCCGGCUGCAGCGCCCUCUGUACAGAUGACCCAGCAGCCUGCACAGACCUACCCGGCUGCAGCACCCUCUGUACAGAUGAGCCAGCAGCCUGCACAGACCUACCCAACUGCAGUGUCCUCUGUACAGCCGAGCCAGCAGACUGGGCAGACCUACCCAGCUGCAAUGACCACUGUACAGCCAAGCCAGCAGUCUGCACAGAUGUACCCAGCUGCAGCACCCAUUGCACAGGCUGGCCAGCCAACUGUGCAGACUUACCAGGGAGUAGCUGCUACACAGCAGUGCCAGCUAACUGCACCGGCUUACCCACCUGCAGCAGCCAUUUCUCAGUCAAGUCAGCAGACUGCGCAAGUGUACCCAGCUGCAGCAUCUGCACAGACCUAUGUAUCUGCAGCAGCCACUGCACAGCAUGUCUCAGUAACUGCACAGAUGUAUUCAGCUACAGCAAACACUGUACAGCAGAGCCAACUGACUGCACAAAUCUAUUCAGCCCCUGCACCAAUUGCACAACCAUGUCAGCUAGCUGCGCCGACCUACUCAGCUGCAAUGGCUGCCCCACAGCAAACCCAACAAACUGCACAGACCUACCCAGCUGUAAUACCCACCCCACAGCAAACCCAGCAAGCUGCGCCAGCUUAUGCAGCUGCAAUAGCCACCCCACAGCAAACUCAACAAGCUGCGCAGACCUACCCAGCUACAAUAGCUGCCCCACAGCAAACCCAACAAGCUGCGCAGACCUACCCAGCUACAAUAGCCGCCCCACAGCAAACCCAACAAGCUGCACAGAUCUACUCGGCUGCAAUUGCCACACCUCAGCAAACUCAGCAGCCUGCGCAGACCUACCCAGCUGCAAUGGCUACCCCACAGCAAACACAACAAGCUGCGCAGACCUACCCUGCUGCAAUAGCCACCCCACAGCAAACUCAGCAGCCUGCGCAGACCUACCCAGCUGCAAUGGCUACCCCACAGCAAACCCAACAAGCUGCGCAGACCUACCCAGCUGCAAUAGCCACCCCACAGCAAACUCAGCAGCCUGUGCAGACCUACCCAGCUGCAAUAGCCACCCCACAGCAAACUGAGCAGCCUGCGCAGACCUACCCAGCUGCAAUGGCUACCCCACAGCAAACCCAACAAGCUGCACAGACCUACCCAGCUGCAAUAACCACCCCACAGCAAACUCAGCAGCCUGCCCAGACCUACCCAGCUGCAAUAGCUACUCCACAGCAAACUCAGCAGCCUGCGCAGACCUACCCACCUACAGCACAGCCAGCUGAGUUGGCUUCUCAAAACUACGCAUCUGCGACAUCGACUGCACAGCAUGGCCAGCAGUUCCAACCCUAUUUCCACACUGCAGCUUUCCAGUCACAGCAGCUCUCCACGGGGCAGAACUUUGCUCAGCUCGAGGGAGCAAACCAGGCUGGCCAGAAGGCAGCGCCGGGCCAGCCACCACAGGCCAUGCCGGUAGCCAUGCCGGCGACUCAGCUCACACAGGUAGCCAUGCCGGCGACUCAGCUCACUCAGGUAGCCAUGCCGGCGACUCAGCUCACACAGGUAGCCAUGCCGGCGACUCAGCUCACUCAGAUGGUCACGCCCACACCUGCGCCCUCCGUCCUGCCCACGGAUGCUGGCCGGCAAGGUGCGCCUGCGCAGCUGCAGCCAAGCCCUCCUGCAGCAACGUCUUUACCGGCAAAGAGCAUCGUAGACACGGCUUUGCAGGAGCAGAGUAGAGCCCCGUCUGCGCAGCCCCCUGGCAGCCAGCAGUCAAGUCAGCAGUUUCUCGCCAGCGCAACCCCCGCAGCGCCGAGUCAGGAGGAACCUCUACCAGACAAACAAGUGCCAUUGCACAGUUACAACUACGACAGCGUCAACUCUGACGCCACCUCGGGGAAGGAGAUGAGCGACGGCUACGAGGGCACGGCGGGCGGCAAGGCGGAUGCCAGGGUGAAGAAGCAUCACCGGCGCUCCGCACGCACGCGGUUCCGGCAGGAGAGGAGCAGCAAGGCCAAGCUGAGCAUGCUGAAUGUAUGCAACACCGGAGACAAGAUGGUGGAGUGCCAGCUGGAGACCCACAACAACAAGAUGGUGACGUUUAAAUUCGACCUGGAUGGGGACGCCCCGGAGGAGAUCGCCACGUACAUGGUGGUGCUCAGUAAGAGAGUUUGUGGGUCCAAGGAAGAGGGGGGGGAUCUCACCUACGUCCUGCACACUGGCAAAAGGUGGUUCAUCAUCUGCCCCGUGGUUGAGUCCCCGACACCCGAUGAGAGGAAGCCUUCAGCCGCGGCCAGUUCCUCAGCACGGGUCACCGCACCGCAGGAGCCAGCCCUGCCUGCCCUGCCUGCCCAGUCUGGGGUCCCCUCCCCGCCUUCCCUGGCUCCCGCCGCUCCACCGGAACCCGACCCGGACGGGGGGAAGGCUCUGCGUUCUCCGUCAUCCACGGAGCCUGCUGAUGAUGCAAUGGGGGCGGUGCUGGUGGAGGACUCCCCCGGGGGUCGCCCAAGCCCUGUGUCGCCCGCCCAUGGCGCUCAGCAGGCGGCAGAGGUGGCGUGUGCGGCCGCCGUCAUGUCGGACAUCCCCUGCUGUCCCAUCGUCUCGCCCCUGUCCCUGGACGUGCAGACCGCCCAGGCCGCGGCCUCGGGAGGGGAGACCCUUCUCCGGCAGGGUGACCCAGCCCAGCCGCCGGUAGUCCUGCAGCAGCCAUUUGCCACGCCCAUGCAGUCAUCAGUGGGCGGGGCCAAAUCCGUCUCACAGCCGCAGAGCCCCGCCAUGGCCCCACAGGUGCCCGCUUCAGGCCACGCCCCCUGCCAGCUGUCCGGGCCGGGCGAGUCCGACGGGGAGGGUCCUCCCAGGGUCGGCUUUGUGGACAGCACCAUCAAGACGCUGGAUGAAAAACUGCGCACCUUGCUGUACCAGGAGCAUGCGCCCACACACACGCCCCCUGGGCCCCCAGAGACACCGGGGCCUGGAGCAGAGCUCGCCCCCUCUCCCUCUGGGGGGGACGGUCUGCCCCUGAUCCCCGAGAGGACCGACAGUCUGGCUACGCUGAGUGAUUCUGCUGUGGUCGGUUCCACCCGGACAGUGAGUAAGAGAGACUCUGUCCCGAACUCCAGCUCACACUCCGAGUCCCAGAGCCGCUUCCAGCUCGUCCCCACUCCACCGGACAUAGUGAGUAGGCUGGAGCGAAACAAGAAGAGCAAGAGCACAUGUGGCUCUCAUGCGCCCCCUAGUGGCAGAGGUGGCUGCAGGUCCCUGUCUAACGGAGACAGUGAGGCUUUGCCCAUCACCACGAUUGGCAGGUUCUCAGUCAUCAACACUAAAGAUGACGUCACCCUGAAGACACAAAGCAAUCGCUAUUCCGCGCCCCCUGACUUCUACCCUGACGGUGCCCCCGCCGGCCAGGAACACAGUGCCGCACCAAUGGACUGCCCGCUCCAGUCCUCGGACUCGGAGGAGGAGAACGCCUUAGCGGGGCCGGGCUCUCCUGUGCCGGCGGGUCAGACACGCCUGGAGAGCAGUGGUGCCGACUUCAUGAAGAAGGCCGUGGCCUUCCUGCGCCGAUCGGGCCGCGGCAGCAGUACACAGAGCUCAGACUCCCCAGCUCGACAUGACGCCCCCAGUGUGCCCGUCUCGUCCCUGCACUCACACUCCUCCUACAUGAGCAGUGACAACGACUCGGAGUUUGAGGACGCCGACAUGAAGAAGGAGCUGCAUCGACUGAGAGAAAAGCACAUGAAGGAGAUCUCCGAGCUGCAGGCCCUUCAGCGGGGGGAGAUCGAACUGCUCUAUAAGAAACUCGGCAAGCCACUCCCUCCCGCCAUUGGCUUCCUCCACACGGCGCCCCCUACAGGCCGGAGGCGAAGAGCUAGCAAGCACAAGCUGAAAGCCGGCAAGCUGCUCAACCCAGUGGUGCAGCAGCUGAAGAACAUCAGCGCAAACCCCAGUGAGACCGCGCUGCCCCCUGCUGACUUGUCAGCCAAAGUGUCGGGGCUGGCGGACGGCGAGGCCUUCCCCGCGGCCGGCACCCUCCCCGCCUCAGCCUCGGAAUCCGUGCAGACCCAGCAGCCCUGCUCUCUGAAAGGCUCGCUCUCCUCCGACAACAUCUAUGCCGGUUUUCAGAGCGAAGGCUUAGGGGCCCACAGCGGGUUAGGCCAAGGCUGGACGGUUUACCACCAAACUCCAGAGAGAGUGACCUAUAAAUCUAGUAGCAAACCACGUGCUAGAUUCCUCAGUGGACCUGUCUCUUUGUCCAUCUGGUCAACCCUGAAACGACUAUGUCUAGGCAAAGAGCGGAGUAGUAGGUCCCAUCACGGCGGCGGGGCGACUGCGAUGACCUCCCAGCACAGCCAGCAGCAGGCCCCCCCGGCCAGCUCCACGGCCCCCCUGCCACAGCCGCUGGCAGGUCUCACCCAGGCUCAGACCAACAACAGCAACAACAAGAGCGCCACCUUCACGGACGAUCUGCAUAAGCUGGUAGACGACUGGGCCAAGGAGACUCUGGCAGCCACGCAGGCCAAACCCCCCGCCAACCAGAGCAGGGAGCAGCAACGACGGCGGCGGCACGGGCGGGGCCUGGACACCAGAGCCACGCCCAUGGGCACAGCAGCCAAUAAGGUUAAGUGCAAUAGCACGCAGAGCGCAGCAAAGUAUCAGCUGCCGCUCUCUUGCCCAAUGACAGCGGCUCUGGCCCCUGCAAUUGCCCCAGGGAUGAGCAGCAGCCCCUUCACGGCCGUGCCACCCAGCUACGUGGCACCGUCCUGUCCCUUUGGAAGGGUUCUGCAAGCACCCAUGUCUACAAUGCCGUGGCCAGGCUUGGCCUGCCCUGGGGGCCCUGUGGGAGUGCUGGGCACCUCGGGGGUGGUGCCAUUCCCGUCUAUGGGCAACCCCGCCUUGCACUCCUUUCCCAUUCCUUUGCGAAACCCAGUCAGCCCACCCAGCCCCAACAUGAGGACUACCUGACUGCAUUCUGUCCUGGUCCCUGUUCUCUGCAUCAGCACAACCUACCAUCAGCCAGUCCCGUCACAUGAUCCCACCUUAAAGACCACCUACUGUUAGCCAGUUCCUGUCUCAUGACCCCCACCAUAAGGACCACCUAGCUCCAAUCAGUCCCUGCCGCAUAAUCAUACCCAGAAGACCACCUAGCUUCAGGCAGUCCCUGUCACAUGAUCCCACCCAAAGGACCACCUAACUUUAGGCAGUCCUUGUCACAUGAUCACACCCUAAGGACCCCCUAGCUUCAGACAGUCCCUGUCACAUGAUCCCACCUUGAGGACCACCUACCAGCAGCCAGUCCCUAUUAUAUGAUGAUUCCACCGUGAGGACUAGCUAGCUUCAGUCAUUCCCUGAUACUUGAUCGAGGGACCAUGUAGAUUCUCUCCAUCCCUGCGCCGUGAUCCAAACAUGACCUCCGCCUGGCUUCAGUCUUUCCCUGGCCAGUAUUUUCCGCAUGAAAACUCAGACCUGCGCCUAGGUCAGGUGUCAUUGGCAUUUCUCUGCAGUGCACUCACCUGCAGAUAAUUUCAAGGGUGUAAAUAAUUGUUCUGUGUAAAUAACCUGCGUGCGUGUAGAUUUGUGUGCUGUUGGGUUUGAUCUUACUUGAGCACAUAGCCAUACUGUGUGUACAUUUUGUCAUGCAAUCACUGUGAAAUGUUCCCUCAGAUUUUGCCAUUGUUUAUUUUAGGCCAUUGUCAUUUCAGACUUUUAAUUAAAAUGAAAUGUUCAUAUUUGAAAACACUAUUGCUUGAAAUUGUAAAAGAUUUUCAAUAACUUGAACUUAUUUUAAGGUGAAUUACCCUGCAAGAGUGUUGUGCCUUGAACAGAGCUUUUUCACGUCAUAAAAGUAUGGAAACAUUUGGUUGUCUUUAUCUCACAUUGGUUCAUGGUACAUUGUUGGUUGAUUUUUAUGCAUUGAAAAUAAACAGAUUUGUGGUUUACAUCAAAUGCCCUUCUAGCACUGCACUAUUAACACUGUAGAAGCUCUUACUAUAAUAAAAUUCAGCAUUGUUUUCUUGGAUGAGAUCAAAGUUAGCAGAGAAGUAAGUUGCCUUUUGGGAUGCUCGCUGGGGUACAACCUAACCCGAGGCUUUCAGUAACUAAAGUAGCUACACAUUUUGCUUCUUGUUUUGCCACAUGGCAACGGGUAACUAUUUGAUGACUUAGGGGAAGGUUACGAGAAACAGAGAAUGUAGCAGCUCAUUUGUCUAGAGGUUUCUUGUCUGAGACUUAAGUGCAAUUGUGACGAUUCACAGAGCUUGUGUUGCUGCCUUCUGAAAUGUUUUUCAAAAAUAGAUGUUAGGUUCUUUUAUUUUGUUGAUUUUAAGCAUCGAGCACACAAUAUAAAUGCAUCACUUAAUUUGUCAAAUUGUGUUUUCUCAGGACACAAUUACCUUUAAGGAAAUAUUUAUCCAUUCUUUUUUUUUUGGGGGGGGGGAAGAAAUGCAGUCACUGUGGUUAUUUACUGAUUAUUUAAUUUGUCAUUAAGGUUAAUUUCAAUGCUGCUAGUUUGUCCACUGUGCUCCUGCCAUAAAUGGGAAAGAUUAAUUAGUCUGCCUCUGUUAAUAACACAAUAUGCAUGAUUAUUUGUCAGUAGGAAGUUCUGUAAUAUAUACACCAAUGAACAAAACUUUACUGUGUCAAAGAAUCUAGACUAAGUUUCUGUUCCCCUGAAAUUGUAAUUUUAUAGUAUUUGGCCACGUGGUCCUAAGUUACUUCCCUAAAAGAGAUAUCAUGUUUUAUGAUUAUCUACAUUUUGCAUUCAUUGCCGGUGAAUCUGAUGUCUGUGAAGCUGAUCUUACUUCAGUCCAGGCUGAAAAUGGUUAUAUGAGGAAAAGUGGCACUUGUCUGUUUUCGGUCACUGAUUUUAAGUGUUAUUUCUUUGUCUUUAUCUUGUUCCAUAGAUACAAAAGUAAGUCAAUAAAUACAAGGAAAUUGCACAAGAUCAAUUACAAAUCUUUAUUUAUGCCACAUUGUGACAAGGGCCCUUUAUUUCAGUAUGUUGAAGGAGACUGACCAAAAGCUUACAAUACAGUUCGUACUGUAUUUAGUUAAAUUUUGGGUUCAGAUGCUCAUUGUCAUGAAAUAUUUUCUACCACAGGCUGAAAGGCAUCACUGUCUUGUCCUGUCAAACUGUGAGUUGUACAGUUCUCAUGUAAUUCAGAUUUUUGCUUUUUCCUUUUCUGUAUAAUACAUCAAUUCGGUUUGAAUUGGAUUUUUAUAGACUAUUAUGCAGAAUCUAACGUUAUGGCAAAAUACUUCCAAUACUGAUAGAUUUCUGUUCUCUGUUACAUGAGAUACGCAUCUAUUGUACAUUCGCGAACGCUACAUAAGCAAACAUUGAACUUGGUUUAAAUCCCUGAAGCUUGCACUGAAAUUUUGUGUGGAACUGCUUCUGCCUGCUGUAUAGUCCUCUGGCAUUUUUUGGACCCAAUUAUCAGUGCUCAAUCACAAAGACUGUACAUGUUUAAAGUAAUGAAUAAACAUAUUUUAUGCCCGAAA